AUGAACCGGUCAAAGAUACGCCCCCCACGACGGCUGCGUCUCACCGAAGGCUCGGCCGCCGACUUUGAUGCUCUGUGGCAGGUGCUUGCCGAGGCGUUUGCCCUGAUCCAGCGGAAGCGCAUCUCCCAUUUACUGUACGAGCAGCUCCACCGACGAGCUUACUUGAUGGUAAUCCAGAAACAGGGGGCAAAACUUUACGACAACGUCAGCCAGCUUAUCCAGGCCCACCUCAGCAGCCGUCGUGACGAGAUUAUCGCCAUGACCGCUGCUGACGACACAUUCGUUCAGGCAGUGCUCCAAGAAUGGGACGAACAUCUACAAGCGAUGCGCUACAUCAGCGACAUCCUCAUGUACCUCAACCGCAACUACGUCAAGGACCACAAGCGGCUUAUGGUGUACGACCUUGGCAUCUCUCUCUUUGGCACCCACUUUGUCGCUGCCGGCAACCAUGAGGUGGGGCAGCGCGUGAUCGGGGUCAUUCUCGAUGAAAUCACCAAAUCUCGCCAGGGUCAGGUGAUCACGCUGACAGCGUUGAUCUCUCGUACAGUGGCGUUGAUGGAGAUGCUUGUUGAUCAUAAUAAUGGUGACAUCGUUUUCGGUGAAGACAACUUUUAUACCGCUCAGUUCGAGCCCCAAUUUCUCGCUCGCCUGGAGACAUUUCUUUACGAGCUCGCCGCCCAGUGGGCGCUGACAGGCGACGGGACGGUGUACGUGGAGCAGAUUCUGUCGUUCAUUCGUGAUGAGCAGCUACGAGUGGCCUCGUAUCUUCCCCAACGAACUGCCGAUAAGCUUGCCGAAUUAAUCAACAAUAUUUUGAUUAACGACCGUAUUGAUGCUCAGCUUUCGCUUCCUGGGGGUCUCGGCAGUCACCUUGAUACGGUAGUGGCGGCAGUCACCGGCUCUAGUAUUGUCAACUACAGCUACUUCGAGAUGCUUUACCAAUUGUUUGGUCGUGUAUCUGAGGACUACAAGCUUCUAUGCUCUCGUAUCCGUGAUGGGGUUGCAACGAUGGCGCCAAAGCUUGUUGAUAUGUGUCGUCAACAGGCCAACAGCGACGGUAAAAAGAUGCUGGCGUCGCAGUUCGCGAUCAAAUGGGUUCACAUGGUGCUUGACUUGCUGAACCAGUUGUACACGUUGUGGGAACGGCUGUUUGAUCGCAAUUUAGCCAUUGAGGGUGCAUUUACUGAGGCAAUCAAGGAUGUGGUCAAUCGGGCGCCCAAAAAGGCGGUGACGCUGCUGGCUCCAGAAACCCUUUCAGUAUACAUGGACCACCAUAUUAAGCAGCUUCAAAAGCAGCUGGCUGAUGUCGGUGACGCCAGCUGCCAACUGGUGGUGGACAACUCGCUCAAAUUUCUCCGUUAUAUUCGGGAUCGAGACGCGUUCGAAGUGCACUACGCCAACCACUUUGCCAAACGGUUUCUCAACGCGAAGCAGGCGGGAGCUAAUACAAUUGAAGAGAUGAUAUUAGCACGGCUAGCCGAGGAGAUGGGGGUGAACUCGCUUGAACAAGUGAUGAAGAUGAAUAACGACAUUAAAGCUCUGCGUGACAUCAACCAGGUGUGGCGCCAGCAGAAAUCCCCCGUCGAUUUGGAGGUGAAGAUCUGUAAUGCCCAGGACUGGCCGCUGGCUAUGACGAAAAAUUAUCAGGAAUCGUCGGUAAUAUGGCCCCAGGCAGUGAGACAAACGUUACGCCAAUUCGAAGAGUUUUGGCGUGGCGGCCAGCGCAACGAGAACAAGCUGCUUCAUUGGACGGCUAAGUUUGGCCUGGUGGAUAUGCGCAUCACGUACCCUCUGAGAACGUACGAAAUCACCCUUGCCACCUACGCCGCAAUCAUCAUGCUUCUUUUCGCCCCGCAGUCAGUGGACGACAAUGGCCAUCCGGUGCUGGCGUUUGAAGAGAACCGCGAGUUCACGGUAGCAGAGAUUCAGGAGCUCACGGGGAUUCCCGACAGUGAUCUCCGCCGCCACCUCCAACUGAUUGCAGUGGCACCUCGACUGCGGCUUUUAGUAAAGACACCCAUGUCGAAAGAAGUGAAUGACGGCGAUAAGUUCCGUCUCAACCAUGCGUUCAAGCUGCCGAGUGUUAAGGUUAAAGUGUUGACAGUGUCAUCGUCUUCAGCGCCACUGAAGAGCGAGCAGCAAGAUAUCGAUCAUGCCGUAGUUGAAGGUCGCAAGCUUGAAGUGAACGCCGCCAUUGUGCGGGUACUCAAAUCACGUCGCCAAGUCGAUCACAACGAGUUGCUCCAGGAGCUUGUGAAAAUGCUUUCGCUGCGCUUUCGUCCACUGGUGUUGGUGAUGAAGCAACAGAUCGACGACUUGAUCGACCGGGAGUACCUUAAGCGCGACGAAGAUAACCGCAACUUGUACCACUAUGUGGCCUAA